UACAGAUUCCUCUUUCUACCCUUUUAUCACUUAUCCUUGCGCUAGGGUAUGGAUCCAUUUAUCAAUAUUUCGGAGAAGAAGCAAAAGCGGCACUGGGAUGGUAUGAUCACGAAUCGCAAGGUGAGGCGUAGAAUCACAGGUGCUCUGGAUCAUCCCAUCUGGUCCCAGCUGCCUUUGGAACUCCAGCUCCACAUUCUAAACUUCUUGCCACUGCCGGCACUUUGCCGUGGAAAGAGCGUCUGCAAGGCUUGGAAGUCCGCAAUCCAGGGCUUGGGAUAUAGCACAGCUCACAGGUUUUGCAAUGGGCAGUGGUAUAUCAUGGAUGGUUUUUGCAGUGUUGGUCUCUGUGAUGGAAAUUCAAGGCCUCUUUCAUGGAAGAUGGUCGAGAUGUUUAGACCUUCAAGGAUGAAAACAGCAAGUAUCUGUGUGUCUUCUGCCGGGCUUGUUCUUGCAUACUUCCCCUUGAACACCUUAGGGACUGCUGUGGUUUGCAACCCCUUAGAUUUAAGUUCCCUGGUGAAGCUGCCUCCACCACCUGGUUCUGAGCCAACCAUAAUUUUCGUGGCUAUCCAAUCUUCAGUUGGUAGUGACAACAGGCCUUGGUUUUCCGUGGUUUGUGUUCAGGGAAUCAAGACAACGUAUGUAGGUGCACGCCAUCUAGUUCUACAAGUUUAUGAUUCCAGAGUUCACAAAUGGGUCUCGUCUUGUCGAGUAUUCACAAACGGGAAUGAGAUUGCCCAGACUUCCUUUGAUGACGCCAACGAUUGCAUGCUUCUACGGGAGGACAAGCUCUACUUUAUCACGAUCGCAAAGAACAACACCAGAUCACUCAAGUGCGUCAACGUGUGGGAUUCAGAUGGCAAGGUGGCGACUUUGGCAACCUGGACGAGUCUUCCCAUGGGCUUGCAUCAAGAACCAUACAACGGCCCAUGCCGAAACAAUAACACCUCACUUGUUUACUGUGCCGGAAAGCUGGUGCUUGCGAACUUUAUACUGGAUGCACAAACCCUUGGUUUUGUCUAUCUGGACGAAGCAUCCAGACAAUGGCGACCCUUGGCAACAAUGCCUAGAGAGAUUCUGCCGGCAAAUCUGAGAAAUGUUGGGCUGCUAGCAAGCAAUAUGCAUGAGUGGAGUUUGGUAGUGGCGGGAGGUGAGACGGAGAUCACCUUGUUGAUACGUCACUUUGAAGGGCGUUCGGGUGGCAUUUACAAUGAGGUGACUGAUAUCUGGCGAACGGCUUUUGGCCAAAGGGGUGGUGCGUUGUAUCCUUUUAAGCCAUCAUUCAAUCCACUAUGACAAGAUCCCAAGGAAGACUGUGCAGGCGAAAACCAAGAAAGAACUCAGCUACACAUUCACUUGUAACUGUCGGGAUUGGAGUUGAACAUCGUAAAUAAGCGUUUUCACAAAAUUUGGUUGUGAUUACAAAGAAAUUCUUGGCUUGAUCCGAGCACCAGGUGCCAACUUUGACACACACAUGAUACAGCUCAAAGUUUUGGCCUUUGACGGUCAAUCUUGGAGUUGCCAAGAAAUCUAUCAAGACAAAACUCUUCAGAUUCUGUUA